AAANACCGUCUUAAACAGCUUCAACACGAUCUUGAAAACGCCAAGAAAGAGCUCGCUACGUACGUUGGUCCUCAAGCUAUGCUCCCUAUUCUCCAACCACCUCAACCGCAUUUCAUGUCUCUACCGCCGCAACCUCCUCAACGACCAUCUUCUUCUUCGGCGUCUGUUUUGACUCAGCAUCAUCAUAACUUGUUGCCGAUGAUGGCUAUUCCAACUGGACAAUUGUACCAGCAGCAGCAGCAACAGAUCUUUGAGGCUCAGCAGUUAGCAGCGGUUGCGAGGGAGCAACAGAAUGAGAUGUUUAGAGCUUAUGGAGGAGGAGGAGGAAGUAGUAGUCCACACCAUCAAAACCAAGCUCAAGUUGAGAUUUUGAGGUUUAAUAAUGGUUUUGACUCUAUACCGACCGGUUCAGUUACUGUUACUGGGUUUAAUCAAUUAAGCUCCGGUGGUACAGCCGUAACCGGAAUGUCACUUGGAGGUAACUUUGUUGAUGAUAGUCCUUCGACGAAUAAUAAUAAUUACCAUACGGAUCAGCAGUUACAUCAUCAUCAUCAUCAACAACAGCAACAUCAUGAGGCUCAACUAUUCAUACCUACACAAUCUUCUCAGCCGCUACCGCUUCAAACGCAGGAGACGCAAACGCAGACGCAACCAAAUUCAGAGAGCGAGGAGGGUAGAAGGAGUGUCAUUGGUUAAUCUCGCUCGCUAAUUGAGGAAUAAUAAAAAAGAGGGAGGGAUAUUAAAAAAGAAAGAUACGGCCUUUGACCUUCUCGCUGCUCGAUAAACUCUACAAAAUUUUCCUAAGUUGGAAACUCUGACUUUGCGCAAGGCAUUAUGGACGCAAUCGAGUUUUUCUUUCUUUCAAACCUUGUCGCACUUCCAUCAGCGAAAAAGACACUCACCACGUAAAAGUCACAAACGACUCACAAAAAAAGUCAGCGUUAUUUGGUUGAUUUUGAGUAUCAUACAGGCAGUUUUGCUGAAGAGUAUAAAAAGUAUAUAUAAAACCAAAGGCUCGUACGUAUCAGACUGAACAAAAGAUCUUCAACUCCAUCUCCCGUCCGCUUCUUUAGCAUGGACACAAAUACUUACUACUUUACGUUUUAUUUUUUCUUUUUCUUUCUUGUAUCUUCUUCUUAUUAUUUUUUUGACAUUUCUUUCGGUUUAAGGAAAAAAAAAGAGAGAUUAGUGUUUUUGGUUGCAAAUCUAUUUGUAAAUUAGAUGUCAAGAGGAUGGUCACUUGGCCUAGUGGUUAUCAUAUCGAUGUCAACCGAAGGAUUAUAUAAAAACUAUGGAAUAAUCUAUCUUUG